UCUGUCGCGAUUAAUGCUGUCACGGGAACACCCAAAGUGGAGCCCCACGUAGCAAGAUGACCCGAAGUUGCUCGGCAGUGGGCUGCAGCACCCGGGACACCGUGUUGAGCCGGGAGCGCGGCCUCUCCUUUCACCAAUUUCCAACUGAUACCAUACAGCGCUCAAAAUGGAUCAGGGCUGUUAAUCGUGUGGACCCCAGAAGCAAAAAGAUUUGGAUCCCAGGACCAGGUGCUAUACUAUGUUCCAAACAUUUUCAAGAAAGUGACUUUGAGUCAUAUGGCAUAAGAAGAAAGCUGAAAAAAGGAGCUGUGCCUUCUGUUUCUCUAUACAAGGUUCUGCAGGGUGUACACCUUAAAGGUAAAGCAAGGCAGAAAAUCCUCAAACAGCCGCUUCCUGAUAAUUCGCAAGAGGUUGCUACCGAGGACCAUAACUACAGUUUAAAGAGACCUCUGACAAUAGGUGCAGAGAAACUGGCUGAGGUGCAACAGAUGCUCCAGGUGUCCAAAAAAAGACUGGUCUCUGUAAAAAACUACAGGAUGAUCAAGAAGAGAAAGGGCUUACGAUUAAUUGAUGCACUAGUAGAAGAGAAACUCCUUUCUGAAGAGACAGAAUGUUUGCUACGAGCACAGUUUUCAGAUUUUAAGUGGGAGUUGUAUAACUGGAGAGAAACAGCUGAGUACUCUACAGAAAUGAAACAGUUUGCAUGUACCCUCUACUUGUGCAGUAGCAAAGUCUAUGAUUAUGUAAGAAAGAUUCUCAAGCUGCCUCAUUCUUCCAUCCUCAGGACAUGGUUAUCCAAAUGCAAACCCAGCCCAGGUUUCAACAGCAACAUUUUUUCUUUUCUUCAGCGAAGAGUGGAGAAGGGAGAGCAGCUCUAUCAGUAUUGUUCACUGACCAUAAAAGGCCUCUCUCUCAAGCAGCAGCUCCAGUGGGACCCUAACAGUCACCGUCUGCAAGGGUUUAUGGACUUUGGCCUCGGUGCACUGGAUGCUGAUGAAACGCCCCUCGCCUCCGAAACGAUUUUGUUAAUGGCAGUGGGUAUUUCUGGUCACUGGCGAGCACCUCUUGGUUAUUUUUUCGUAAACAGGGCAUCUGGGUAUUUGCAAGCUCAGCUGCUGCGUCUUACCAUCGGCAAACUGAGUGACAUAGGGAUCACAGUUCUGGCUGUUACGUCUGAUGCUACAGCUCACAGUGUUCAGAUGGCAAAAGCCUUGGGGAUACAUAUCGACGGAGACAACAUGAAGUGUACGUUUCAGCAUCCUUCAUCUUCCAGCCAACAGAUUGCAUACUUUUUUGAUUCUUGCCACUUGCUCAGAUUAAUAAGAAACGCGUUUCAGAAUUUGCAAAGCAUUCAUUUCAUUAAUGGCACAGCACAUUGGCAGCACCUCGUGGAGUUAGGAGCACUAGGGGAACAGGAGUUAGCAAAUAUGGAAAGACUCCCAAGAAAACUUACAAAUCUGAAAAACCAUGUACUGAAGAUGAACUGCGCUGCCCAAGUGUUCAGUGAGAGCGUGGCCAGUGCGUUGGAGUGCCUGCUGUCGUUAGGCCUGCCUCCGUUUCAAAACUGUAUUGGUACCGUCCACUUUUUACGCUUAAUUAACAACCUGUUUGACAUCUUUAAUAGUAGGAACUGUUAUGGAAAGGGACUUAAAGGCCCUCUACUGCCUGAAACUUACAGUAAAAUUAAUCGUGUGCUAAUUGAAGCCAAGACUAUCUUUGUGACAUUAUCUGACGCUAGCAACAAUCAAAUAAUUAAAGGUAAGCGAAAACUAGGAUUCCUGGGAUUUUUACUUAACGCUGAGAGCUUAAAAUGGCUCUACCAGAAUUAUGUUUUCCCUAAGGUCAUGCCUUUUCCGUAUCUUCUGACUUAUAAAUUCAGUCAAGACCAUCUGGAAUUAUUUCUGAAGAUGCUUAGACAGGUAUUAGUAACCAGUUCUAACCCUACCUGUAUGGCAUUCCAGAGAGCUUACCAUAAUUUGGAGACUAGAUACAGAUUACAAGACGAAGUUUUUCUAAGUGAAGUAAGCAUCCUUGACAUUUCAAUUGCUCGAAGGACAGACUUGGCCCUUUGGACAGUUCAGCGUCAGUAUGGUGUCAGUGUUAUAAAGACUCUUUUUCACAAAGAGGAUAUUUGCCAAGACUGGUCUUAUUGUUCUCUAAGUGAGGCAUUACUCGAUCUGUCAGAUCACAGGCGAAAACUCACCUGUUGUGCCAGUUAUAUUGCAAAUAAAUUAUCAGCUCUUUUAACUUGUGAGGACUGCAUCAGUGCACUGUAUGCUUCGGAUCUCAAAGUUGCUAAAAUUGGGUCACUGUUAUGUGUUAAAAAGAAGAAUGGUUUGUAUUUCCCUUCGGAAAGUCUAUGUCAAGUCAUAAAUAUUUGUGAGCGAAUUGUAAGAACCCAUUCAAGAAUGGCAGUCUAUGAACUACUUCCUAAACAGAGAGAAUUGUAUCUCCAGCAGAAAAUAUUAUGUGAGCUUUCUGGGCAUAUUUAUCUUUUUGUAGACUUAGAUGAGCAUCUCUUUGAUGGAGAAGUGUGUGCCAUCAAUCACUUCGUAAAGUUACUAAAGGAUAUAAUAAUUUGUUUCUUAAAGAUCAGAGCUAAAGAUGUAGCGCAGUACCCUUUAAAACACCAUUCAGAAAGACUUGAAAUGAAAACUUUGUCAAGGAAAUACUGGUCACCUUUACAGGAUUACAGAUGUUCAGGUUUUGCUAAUACCAAUAAAUUCAGGCAUUUGUUAAGUAAUGAUGGAUAUCCAUUCAAAUGAGGGACCUAAAAUAUGUCAGUUUUUAUGAAGAAUAGUUGGUCAACAUUUUUUAAAGUUCAACUUUAUUUUAUAAAUUGACCAUUUUGCACAGUUGACAAGUUUGUAAUUCUGACUUAUUAGAAUUUCUAAUUAUGCAUAUUAUAAAAUCUCAUACUUUGGUUUGCAGCAUUGCAGUUACUUGGAUCAUAGAAAGCUGUAAGUCAGUAGGAGCAGACUAGCCAACAGAUGCUGCUUUUGAAUAUACUACUCUAAGACUGAGUAAUGGGACUGGACAUACUUUUAACUUGUUCAGUCUAUUUUAAAAUGAGAGAAUAACAACUAAGAGUGAUUAAAACAUUGACUCUGACAGAUAGACUACCUUCCCUAAAAGUGCUUUGGUUUACAGCUCUUAAGAAUGUUGACAGGAAAAAAAAAAAGUAAAAGGAAUGUUGACAAAAUACCUAUAAAACCUUGGAUAUAAUUUUUACUUACAUAAGAAAAUUAAGAUGUGGUUUGAAGAUUAGGCUAACUUAAAAUACCAAAUACCACAAAAUCCCUUUGCCAGGGUACCCUAAAACAAGUGUGCUGCAACGAAGCUGGGGAAUGUAGUCCGGGAAGUACAUAGGUGAUGUCAUUUUCACAAUCCAUUGUCCUUGGACUUCGAAACACUAUUUUUGAGUAAUAGCGUGGGUACUUACUUGACCACCGGAAGAGCCUGAUGCCCAUCAGAGAAUGAGGAGAAGCCUUAUUCCAGCUUCUCCUUCUGAAGUCUCCUUGUGUUUGCAGGGAGGCUGAAAUAAAUGUAUUUUCAGUGUUGAGUGAAUAAUGGGAUUCACACCAUGCAAUUAAUAAAUGAGAAAAAUAUGGUCAAUUGAGACAAUGGUUAUGAAAAUAUUUGUCUUAAUUAUAUAAUGAGUUUUUUCAGAAAUUUAGAGGCGCUUAAAUAAUCUGAAGAUGGAAACAUACAAAGAACAAUUUUCUCCAUUCUCUCACACCCAGAAUUGAAAAGAUGAAUAGAAAAACAUACAGGUAUAUGUACUUUCACAUAUGGGGAGUGUUUUAAAUGGAUAAAAGAAACAAACACAUGAUGAUUCAUCUCUGUGUGUAAAACAUUUACUCUUCUUGUCAUUGAGUGAAUAUUCACAAAGUACAGUUAAUAUGAAAACUUAAAAUUGCAGAAGAUUAACGACCAGGUAAAAGUUGAGUUUUAUUAAUUAAAAUUCUCCUUAAAUUGUAUAUUUUUAUAUGUUUGUUUGUUCUACCUCAAACAAAGGCUUAAGUUUUGAGAUGUAACCAGAGUUGUACUACAUUUUAUGCAAGAGCUAUUGCUGAGAAGUCUAGAGAUUGUGGUUUUUGUUUGUAAUAGAAUGAGUUUAGAUGCACCGGAUAAAUCUUAUUUAAAGGAAGCCUAUUUGUAAAUCACCACCUUUUUAACUUAUUGUUUAUAUAAAUCCAAGUUUUGGCCUGAACUUUACUUAAAACUAGGUUCAUAUCUGUAGGUGUCUGUUCUUUGCUGUUGCAUUUUACUACUGUACUAAUAUAUACUGUAGUUUAAGAAAUUAUUGUUUUGCAUUAUUUCUUCAAAUGCUGGAUAAACUGGACAAACAUGGAAGACACAAAUAUUUCCUUCACUGCCUUUAAUGGUUACUUGCUCUUGCCCUAGUGAAAGUGUUUCAAGUCUGAUAUCAGGUUUGCUUCACAUGAUAUGCUUUACAGUGAAUUUUUAAAAUAAAUUAUUCAUAUUUGACUAGGGUAAUUUAGUUUAUAUUUUUUACUUAGCACCUUUGUCCUUUUUUCUUCAGAGAAAACAAACAUUCUCUUCAGAAACUUAUCUUGCCUGCUUUUCAACAAAUAGUGCUGAAACAACUGGAUGUCCACAUGCAAAAGUAUUAACUCUAAGUGGGUCAAAGACCUAAAUGUAAAAGGUAAGACUAAAAACUCUUAGAAGAAAAUAGAGUAAAUCCUUAGUACUUGGAUUAGGCAAUAGUUUCUUAAAUAUGACCUGCAAAACAUAACAGAAAGUAAAUUGGACUUCACCAAAAUUAAAAACUUGUGCUUCAAAGGAUACCGUCAAGAAAGAGACAACACACAGAAUGGGAGAAAAUUUUUACUAAUAUAUCCGAUAAAGGACUUGUAUCCAGAAUAUACAAAGAACUCCUGUAACUCAAUAAUGAAGGACAAAUAACCCAGUUUGAAAAAUGGGUAAAGAACAUGAAUAGACAUUCCUCAAAGGAGAUCUGCAGAUGGCCUGUAAUACAUGAAUAUAUACCGAACAUCCUAAACCAUCUGGGAAAUGUAAAUCAAAACCACAAUGAGGUAUCCCUUUACACCCACUGGGAUGGCGAUAAGACAGAUAAUAACAAGUGUUGACAACAAUGUGGAGAAAUUGAAACCCUCAUACACUGUUGGUGGGAAUGCAGAUGCUUUGGAAAACAGCUUGGCAGUUCUUCAAAGGGUUAGUUAAACAUAGAGUUACCAUAUCUCCCGGCAGUUCUACUGACAGGCAUAUACCCAAGAGAAAUGAAAACAUGUCCAUUUAAAAACUUGUACACAAAUUUCAUAGCAUUAUUAUGGCUAAAAAAGUGAAAAUGCCUAAAUGUCCAACUGAUGAAUGGAUAAAUAAAAAUGUGCUGUAUCCAUUACCAAUGGGUAAUAUGGUAGAUAUGUGUUGUACUGCCAGAACUCUUUUUGUGAAAUGACUGUACCACUCUGCAUUCCAAUGAGGAGUGUAUGAAAGUUCAGUAGCUCUCCUUUCUUCCCAGUAUUUGGUAGUGCCAGGGUUUUGUUUUGAAUUAGCCAUCUUAAUAGGUGUGCAGUGAUAUUUCAUUGUGGCUUUCAUUUCCAUUUUCCUAAUGGCUAAAGAUGCUGAGCAUCUUUUGAUAGGAUUAUUUGCCAUCCACAUAUUCUUAGGUGAAAGGUCUGUUCAAGUCUUUUGCCCAUAUUUUGGAAAGUUGGUUUUUUUUAUUGUUACAUAUUUUGGAUAUAAGUGCCCUGAUGUAUUUUGCAAAUAUUUUCUGCCUAUCUGUGGCUUUUCUUACUUUCUUAGUGUGUUUUGAAGAGCAGACAUUAAUUUUGCUGAGUUCAAUUUAUCAAUUUUUUUCUUUUAGGGAUCAUACCUAGUUUCAUACUUUGCCUAACUCAAGGCCACAGAGAUUUUUCUUGUUUUCUUCUAGGUAUUUUGUAGCUUUAGGUUUUGCAUUUAGGUUAUGAUCCGUUUUCAGUUAAUUUUGGUCUGUGGUGUAAGUUGAGUUUCAUAUAUUUUUACAUAUGGAUAUCCCAGCACUGUUUGUUAAAAAGAUUCUUCUUUCUUCCCUGAAUGACCUUUGAACGCUUGUCAAAAAUCGACCACUUUAUAUGGGUCUACUUCUGGGUUCUCUGUUCUGCUCCAUUGAUCCAUAGGUUUAACACUUCACCAGUACCACAGUGACCUGAUUAGCCUUAUAUGACUCUUGAAGCUAGGUGGGAGUCUGUCAACUCUGCUCUUUAUUCAGAAAUAUUUGAAUUGUACCUUUCUGUAUAAAUUUUAUAAUCAACUUGAGUUUUACAAAAAUUCCUGCUGGGAUUUUGACUGGAGUUUUGUGGAAUCUAAAGAUCAAUUUGGAGAGAAAUGAGAUCUUAAUAAUAUUGAAUGUUCCAAUCCAUGAACAUGGUAUAUCUUUUUUUAAGGUCUUAACUUUAUCAAUGUUUUCUACAUUUCACCUACAGAUCUUGUAUAUAUUUGUUACAUUUCAUAUUUUGUGGUGCUACUAUAAUGGUAAUUGUAAAAAUUUGUUUCUAAAUGUUCAUUGCUACUAUGUAAAAAUACAGUUUUGUAUAUUGACUUUGCUUAAACUCACUCUAGUAGCUUUUUUUUAAAGAUUGCUAUGACUUUCCUAUGUAGGCAGUCAUAUCAUCCACCAGCAGAUACUGUCUUAUUCAUUUCCAAUCUGUGUCUUCUUCCCCUUCCCCCCACCUUAUUGUAUGGUGACGUGCAACACAAUGUUGACCAAGAGUGCCUUGUUCCCAGUCCUUGAGGGGGAAACAUUCAGUCUUCAUCACUCAUGAUGUUAGCUGUAGACUUUUUGGUAGAUGGUCUUUUUAGGUUGAUAAUCCCUUUCUUGCUCAUUUGCCAAAGAGAGUGUGUGUGUGUUUAAAUCAUAAAUGGGUCUUGAAUUUUGUCAGAUAAUUUUUCCGCACCUUUUUUUUUGAAAAACAUUUGAGAUAUAAUCUACAUACUGUAAUAUUUACCUUUUUAAAGCAUGUAAUUCAGUUUUUAGUAUAUUCAAAAGGUUUCCUGCAACUUCUGACAUGAUCAUAUAGUUUUACUUUUUGAUGUUGAUAGUGAAUUACAUUGGUUAUUUUUAAUGUUGAGCCAACCUUUUAUUCCUGAGAUAAAACCCAACCUGCUCAUGAUGCAUUCUUUUUAUCCAUUGCCAGAUUUCACUUGAUAAUAGAAUCAAUUACAGAGUUGAAGUCUGUGGCCUUACAGUAAAUAUUACCCUGAAUAUAUUUAUUUUCUUACUGCUUUUGAGUAAAAACUAAACAUGCCUUAAAUGCUUUCAUAAAACUAUUUAGAGUUUUUAAAGAGACCUUUAUACAUUUCAUUUUAUAAAAUCACUUGGAUCAUAAAAAGCUCACACGUGGUCUAUAGAUAAUGCCAAAAUCUGCAUUAAAGAAACCCUCACACACACACACAAAGUCCUACGUAAUUAACAUAAUAGAAAAUAAUUCCAAUAGUAAAGGCUUUCUAGCUUCCCUCUCUGAGUCGCUGCUGUGGAAUUUCUACAUAAAAUGCUGAAAAAGGAUGCAACAUGAUGCUGGAGGUCCUGCUUUGGAAGCUGCAUUUACAUAAGUACUUAUUUUCUUAACUACUUGUGUUACAGAACAAUAAAAGUGGAAAACUUUUCUAAAGGUAUUUUUAUUCACAUAUUACAUAAGACUGAGAAAAUGUCAGUUGUCCCUAUGAAAGAAUAGGGACGCUAAAGCAGUAGUCUCUCAUGGUUGCUGCUCUGGUUGUUUUAUUGCAGGCAACAUUAAGGUUCUGUUUCCUACAUAAUCCAGAGAUAAGACCUACAGAUUGCUUUUAGUUCUUGAGAGAAAAGGAAACUAAGAAAGGUGCUCACCAUAAAAACAUCAAACAUUAAAGGAAAAAGUAGACCAAGUUUCUGCC